UGGACCCACUGGGAUUAAGUCAAGGUUUUUGAAUGUGUGAUUGCUGCUCAACAACUAAUUUCAUGUCUGCAUACUGUACUGUAUAAUACAAAUUACAGUUAAAGUGAUCAAAUGCUGUCUGGGUCCAGAUCAAGAACAGGAAAUGGGAGAGGAAGCCAGGCUGCGUAGAUGUUUGUCUCCUUGGAUACACCACAACAAGUCAGCAUGUGUAGGCAGAGAUUUGGCAGGACUUAAGGAGUCUGCCAUGUGUGACGUAUACAGAGUUUCCUCGUCCGUUCAAGUGGAGCAGAUGGAGGCAGAGCUGUCUCAUCAACUCUCAGCACUGCAGGCUGAAAUAGAAGUGAACGGAUUUCCCCACAGAGCAGUGCCCUCCAAAUGUUACAGUUCUGUUCUACCUCCAAAGGAUAUUUCCUUCUUCCAUGUUGAGAGGGAGCAUGCACUGAGGAGAGGGCUUCAGGUGGCUGAAGCUUUUCCGGUUCACUCUCAGGCUGACAUCAUGCAGAGAGAGCUGGAUAGUUGCUUGAGUUUACAGUACGCUCCUGACAGUCUGCCUCCACUACUGCACCAGUUCUAUACUGACAGAUCAUGUCACUUGGCUCAGAUCAAAUAUCUGCUCAUGCUGAGAUGGAGGAGAUUCUGCCGCCACACCAGCAUCACUGAGAAGCUUUAUCCUCAUUACAAGGUGACAACCUGAGUUUCAUUUUGCCAGCACUUCAAAAAUAACACAUUAACCCUCAAAAUGACUGGAGGUUUGCUUCUAGUGGUUCAUCCUCCUUACAGUUCAUAUUCUGCUGCUGCAGGGGCGUAAGGGAGAAAACUAUGACACGGACAGUGAACAAAUCAUACUCAAUAUUGGUAAAUUAAGGGGGGGAAAAGAUGCUUUUGUAACAAUUUACUUUUGUUGCAAGUUACCAUUAUUUUCCUUAUUAACCUGCAGAUUAUUCUCUCAAUUGUUUGGUCUAUAAAAUGUCAGCACAGUUUCCUAAUGCCCAAGGUGAU